CUUAUUCAAGAAAGAAGGAUUACGUUACACGUUAAUGUUUAAUGCCUCCUCUUCAGAUACUUUUCUUUCCGUUCCGUUCCCUAAAACCCCUCUCUUUCUGUAUAACUCUUCUGCUAAAAAGCUCUGUUGUUUAGAUCCUUUUUUUUUUCUUUCUCUGAUAUUUUAUUCCCCUGUCAGUAUUAUUAUUAUUAUAUCAAGAUUUGUCACUCAUCUGACUUCUCUUUUCAUCUCUUCUUACAAUUUUGAACAUUUCUUUCUGAGAUUCUUGUGUCAUACCCUAUUCUUCAUCUCCAAGAAAUACCCCAUAAAGCCAUUCUUGGAUCAAAUCAUCUGUGUAAGACCGAACCCCCCUUUUUUUUAUUUUAUAUUUUCUUGUGAUGGAUACUUCUGAGAAUGCAAAUGUUUCUCCUUCAUCUCCCACAAGUUCCAAUUUGACGAAUUUUGGAGUACAAUUCACACCACUGCGGUUCUUCCAAUCCCCUGUAUCCACUUUGCUAGAGUAUUCCGGACUCUUUACGGUCCGACCCUAUAACCCAGAAACGGAGCCUCUUGUAGCUGAUGAUACUGUUAUUAACGAUUCUGAAUCCAGUACCAAUGUUGGUGGAGGUAAUAGUAGCAGUGGGGAGGUUUCAAUUAGGAUAAUUGGUGCUGGGGAGAACCAAGGGAUAGGGGCUGAGGAUGAGGAUGAUGGGGAGGGGGGUUCUGUUGAGGAGAGGGGUUCUGGUGUGGACUCGUCGUCCACGGUUCCUGAUGAUGAUGCUGGUAAUGCUAGUAGGGAUUCUUCCUACCAAAGAUUUGAUAUACAGCAAGUUGCUAGGUGGAUUGAGCAGAUUCUUCCAUUUUCCCUUCUUCUCUUGUUUGUUUUCAUCCGCCAGCAUUUGCAAGGUUUCUUUGUCACAAUUUGGAUAACUGCCAUCAUGUUCAAGUCAAAUGACAUUCUUCGGAAGCAGACAGCUUUAAAGGGAGAGAGAAAGAUAGAUGUCCUUGUUGGUUAUUUUGUGGUUUUUGUGAUUCAUGUUAUUGGAAUCUACUGGUGGUAUAACAAUGAUGACCUUUUCUAUCCAUUACUUAUGGUUCCUCCAAAGGUCAUCCCACCUUUCUGGCAUGCUAUUUUCAUCAUCCUGGUAAAUGAUACCAUGGUGCGGCAGGCAGCAAUGGCUUUGAAGUUGGUGCUGCUUUUGUAUUACAAGAAUGGCAGGGGCCACAAUUUCCGCAGACAGGGUCAAAUGCUGACUCUGGUGGAGUACAUGCUGUUGUUAUACCGUGCGUUGUUACCAACUCCUGUAUGGUAUAGAUUCUUUCUCAAUAAAGAAUAUGGAAGCCUUUUCUCAUCAUUGACAACAGGAUUGUACUUGACGUUUAAGCUUACCUCACUUGUUGAGAAGGUAAAAUCAUUCUUUACUGCUUUGAAGGCAUUGUCAAAAAAGGAAGUCCAUUAUGGGUCUCAUGCCACAUCUGAGCAGGUAAAUGCGGCUGGUGAUCUGUGUGCUAUUUGCCAGGAGAAGAUGCAUGCACCUAUUUUGUUACGUUGCAAACACAUCUUCUGUGAAGACUGUGUCUCCGAAUGGUUUGAAAGAGAAAGAACAUGCCCUCUGUGCAGAGCGUUGGUCAGACCGGCUGAUCUAAGAUCAUUUGGUGAUGGAUCCACUAGCCUUUUCUUCCAGUUAUUCUAGACUACAUAUUAAUUAUCCUACGCCAAAGGUAAAUAUCUGUCCACCUGACAUUACUGGAUUCUGGGGGUUGCCCCGUUAAGGUUUCUGCCAGAAUGCAGCAUUAAAGUUAAAAAAAAGCUACACUCUUCAUUGGCGCAGAUUCUUUGAGGAAGAGAUACACAUCCACUCCCAUAUCGUACAUAAUUUUUUUCCCCUACUAUGAAGAGAUGAGAUGUGUUCCCUGUAAUACUUUCCUAAAAGAAAAAAAAAAUUAGAAACAAAGAAAAUGUAUGUAGUAUCACAAUUUCGAGCUUGAAUUUUGGUUUCGUCUGUUUUUUUUUUUUUUCAAAUGCCAAAAGGCAUUAUGUCUUGAAAUAUAUAACAUAUAAAGUUGGUUCUACACAACCUUCAAUUUUUACAUGAAACUGAAUAAAUGUGCAAAGAAUUUGAGAAAUCCAAGUUACACGAAAGCGAGGGUAAAAACAUAUCCGCAUGUGAGUACGAAUAAGUUAUAUAACUUGUCAACAAGUGCUGAAAAAAGACAAGAAACAAAUUAUGUAAACCAUUGAAUUAGUAAGACUUACAAGACAUAAUUAUGAAUGAGCUUAGUAUCAAGCUCCAUCAAAUUCAAGGAUUGAUAAGACAGGACUAUGGAUUGUAUGCCAGUAAAACAAGUUGUGAAAGGGCAAAAAUAAAUGUUAUGAAUGAUCAUAUUGGUAAUUUCAUAGAGGAAUUUGUUAGGUUGUAUGAUUUUAUUGAGGAUUUGAAAUCUACUAAUCCUAGAACUAUUGUAAUGUUAGGACAUCGAAGAAUACAAAGUAUUAUAUAUUUGUAUUGGAAUAUUAAAAAGUGGAUGGAUGGAGGGGUACGUAGAAGGAUAAUUAAUUUUGAUGGUGUAUUUAUAAAGGAUGUAUGUAAAUUUGAAUUGUUGUCUUACAAUUUCAAGGAUGAAAAUAUCAGAUGUACUCUGUAGUAUGAGAAGUAGUUGAUAAAGAAUCUAAAGAUAUAUGGUCUUGAUUUAUUAGGUGCAUCAAACAUGAUUUGAAGUUGAUGCUAAUUGAUGCUAAAAGAUUGAGGUGUCUGAUGCAAAAGAAAUAUUGGAAAACUAUGGAACAACCAGCUCAAUGAGAUAAAAAGCAAGAUAGGAGAGCUGGCAUUACUUCAACAAUUUGUACAAGUGCUUAACCGGUUGUAAUUGCUAGUGCAGCUGAUGUAAGGCCUACCACUACUUCAGCAACUGGUGGAAGGCCUGCAACUGCUUCAACAAUUAUUGGUGGAAGUGUUAUAAUCGCUUUUAUAAAUUCUGAAAGUGCUACUCAAUCAAUAAGUCAAUUAAGUAUCCAACAAUCAAAUAUUAGUGUUGCUAGUCUAAAGAGGAAGAGCACUUUAGUUAAAAAAAAGUGGUGCAAAUCGUGGACACAAGAGGAAGAAGUUGAUUUUGGUGUGUUAUUUGGAGAAGGUGACAAUGGAAUAAAUAGGAUAAGUUUCAGA